UGUUUCCUCCUCGCUCGGUCGCGCCGAGUCUGCCAGAGAGAGGAGGAUAAGGAGGAGGAGAAGAAGAGGAGGAGAUCAGGAUGAUGCCUCAGCAAUGGGGCUCUCCUUGCGGGAGCCAAUGCACGAGCAAGUACGCCGCCCUCAUACAGAUUCCCUGGAGAGUAUUUUGCAAAAAGGGUUGCGAUGCAGAUGGAGAGACAUGGGAAGAAUAGGAACACUAUGAAAGGUUUGGCCGAAUGCAAUGAGAUUUGUUACAAGGACCCCGUUUUGAAGGACCAACAGUGGAGUGCUUACAUAGAUCGUUCUCCUGGUGCUGACAAUUACUCCGAGAAGUGCUUUCACGCCUGUGUAUCAGGAUGUGGAUACAAGUUCAAAAUCCAUCCAGAGAAGGUCCAUCAAGUUCGGUCUAAUAGGCCACCCAAGCCUCCUCCACCUGUUCGGAAGCCAAUUGAACCUGCUUCCCAACCUCGCUCACCCUCCGAAGACGUUCCCUGUACUUCUGCGUAGGCAGAAUAUAACUCACCAUAUUGAUAGGGAAUACCCCGUUAGUCUUUCCUCUCCUACAGCUUCACAGCUCACCCCAAGGUUACAAAGGGGCAAAGAGCUCUUUUAGUCGACUGAAAUAGAGGAUUCAUUUUUUCUUUUUCUAACUCAGGCGGAAUCCAUGUUUUUCUUCGGUUGUAGCUGGAAUGACUCGAAUUUUGAACUCUAGUAUGAUGAUCGGUUUUCUGGUUUCCUAACUAAAUUGCCUAUGACUCGUCAGUACUUUCUGAA